AUGUCCUUGUCCCAUCACGCUCUAGCGACCCCUGUGGCGGGCCGGGCGCAGUGCACGCUGACAGUUUCCAGGGACCUGGCCACCAGAAGAACAUUUACUCCUCCUCCUCGCCCUCAACCAAUCCCAGAGGUCCUGAGGAGAAGGAGUCCGCUCUAUGUCCCCAACCCUGAUCCAGAGGUACAAGGAGAGGACAGUGUUGCUAUUAAUGACAGCGAGAGUGACGAGACCGUUGACUACACGGGAGAGGUUUUUAACUUCUCGUCGGACGAAACAGAAGACUGGACUCAUGAAACCACGCUGGAGCUCUAUAGAGAGGGAGCUGUGAGGAGCAGGGAGGACUCUGUUGCAGGGGUCGUGGGAGAGAAAGAGGAGCCUCAUGGCGAUGGCUCUACUGGUCCAAACCGUCCACUACCUUCUGUCCAGGAUGGGACGCGGUCUACAGCACCAGCUAUGAAGAGGAAACUGGAGGACCAGGCAGGGGAAGAAGACUCAAGGCCUAAUCAUGCCAUUUUAUCAGACACAUCCACACCUAGAAAAGUCAUUAAACGCAUCACCACCAAACGGAAGGAUAUCUUUGAUUUGCUCCUGCAGAGCAACCCGUUCGACCUGGACAGUAUUCUAUUGGCGGCCCAGACAGGAAAUGGUCAGGCGACAACAGGAAGUCUUCAUGACUCUGUUGAUUCGGUUGUGUUGAGAAGUCGAAGUGCAGGUUUCCUGCUGGAGACAGCAGAUUUCAAAGGAAAAGAGGAAGGAAAGAAAUGGAACACAGAAAAGCAGGAAAUUACAAAAUCCUCAGAGGAGCUAACUCUAACUAAAGAUGGGAAUCUCUCCCAGCAUACUGACCACUGCCAGAGCCAGACAGAGGAGAUUACUCUAGAUAGGAAUCUCUCCCAGCAUACCGACCACUGCCAGAGAGAGGAGAUAACUCUAGAUAUGAAUCUCUCCCAGCAUACUGACCACUGCCAGAGCCAGAGAGAGGAGAUCACUCUAGAUAUGAAUCUCUCUCAGCAUACCGACCACUGCCAGAGAGAGGAGAUUACUCUAGAUAGGAAUCUCUCCCAGUAUACUGACCACUGCCAGAGAGAGGAGAUCACUCUAGAUAUGAAUCUCUCCCAGCAUACCUAUGACCACUGCCAGAGAGAGGAGAUAACUCUAGACAUGAAUCUCUCCCAGCAUACUGACCACUGCCAGAGCCAGAGAGAGGAGAUCACUCUAGAUAUGAAUCUCUCUCAGCAUACCGACCACUGCCAGAGAGAGGAGAUUACUCUAGAUAGGAAUCUCUCCCAGCAUUCUGACCACUGCCAGAGCCAGAGAGAGGAGAUCACUCUAGAUAUGAAUCUCUCCCAGCAUACUGACCACUGCCAGAGCCAGAGAGAGGAGAUCACUCUAGAUAGGAAUCUCUCCCAGCAUACUGACCACUGCCAGAGAGAGGAGAUUACUCUAGAUAGGAAUCUCUCCCAGCAUUCUGACCACUGCCAGAGCCAGAGAGAGGAGAUCACUCUAGAUAGGAAUCUCUCCCAGCAUACUGACCACUGCCAGAGCCAGAGAGAGGAGAUAACUCAAGAGGGGCAUCUUUCCCAGCAUACUGACCACACAGACGAAGCAAGGUUCAAUCUAGGUGAAUAUUUCAAUUUUAACCCAACAACGAGUGCUGACAGAUACCAACACAAUAACACUAUCUGGGCAGAGGAAACCAGUCAAAACCCUGACCAGAAUACAUGUCCUGAAGCCUUAGUGCCGCUAGCUGGAUUGGAUGCCACAAGAAACAGCAUCUCCACCGAUAAGUCAAAGGUCACCCUCACCCACCGACCUGCUAGGCCAGAGAUUGACCCCAUGGACAAGACCAGAUCUGCGGUAGAGGUUGACCUGAGCCAAAUGGACCAGGAUGACACCUGCUGUACCCUUAUAGACAACGUCUCACUUGUUGAACACCUGUCCCUGUCCAAAGCACCUGUCCCUUUGGAAACCACUGAAGUUGUGAAUGCCUGUGUGGCUGGGACAUCAUCUCCAUAUAUUGAUGAUCAGUGUAAGCUAGACAAUGGUCUCCUGUCCAAGGAAGACUUGGAGGAGGAGUGUAGCGUGUCUCUUCUUUCGCCUCAUUCAGACGCUACAACAACAACACACCUGGAUGUCACAAGACAAGCUUCCAUUGUUGACGAGAAGCAGACACAACCAGUAGAGGCACCAUCAGCGAUGGAGGAUGAUAAUGAUGAAUAUCUUGACUCUUGCAACACUAGCUCACCAUCCCUCCUAGUGGCUGAGGAGCUCCACGGCCCUGUGGGGAUAUCAGAAUGUACAGAGACCAAUAUCGAUACACUGUUUAUGCAGAGAGCAAGUCAAAUCCCCAAAGCUUCUUCCAUUGGAUCAGAUGUUGGUUUAAAAGCCAACCUGCUCAAAUGCACUGGUCUCGAUCUCCAGCUGAUUGGAGACAGACUGGACAGAGAGACCACAGCUGCUGUGACUGGUAGAGAUGGUGAGAGAUGUCAUAUUGAUGGUGGACAACGUGAGGGAGGCUCUGUAACACACAGAGUGUCUAGAGACCCGGAUGCUUCUACUGACAAGACUUUGUCUUCCGACAAUAAAGACAAUAGUGCUGACUCUGACAUCACCGUGGUCUCUGAGCUGGACCAAGCAGAGACAAAGAACAAUGAUCUGGGACAAGUUGAAAAGGAGGAGGUGGCGAAAGCUCAUGUUCAACUUGAUUCAGAAGCGACAAUUGGUUCCGUCCAACAUCAGGUGAGAGGAGUAGAAAACCAAACCCCCGGGACUGAAGUUGAGACUUUAGAUACAUUAAUAGAUUACUCUGAGGCGUGUGAGAUGAAUGGUAAUGGAUAUACCACUACUGUAAUGGAAGACUCCACUAGCCUGUUACCCGCUUUAGAUGACUGCCAAGCUAAAGACGGUGUGAAGGAAGAUGAACCAGAGAUGAACACUAUGCAAAGUGAUACGGGCAGCGCCAAACACCACAACAGCUGUAGUCAACACAAGAGGAAAGCCAAGAGCAGUAGAGCCAGACCUGGCAAGAGGCAGGCCAAACUGUUGUUGAAGCCAAAGCCAAACCCUUGGGCAUCGCAAAACACAAGUACUAGUUACACAACCAGUCGUGCUGAUACCUCGUCUAGUUCAGUAGGUCCCAUGCCUGGCACAAAGAUUCCCUUGAGGAAUAUACACAAGAGAAACAGUAUGGGAGAGAGCCACCUUCACCUGGCAUGCAAGAAAGGAGACCUGGCUCUAGUGAGAGGCCUUCUGGAAGCAGGCCUAAAUGUCAAUCAGAUAGAUCACGCAGGUUUGUAA